GUUAACCCCUACGCACCACAGUUCCCCUCAGCAAUCAGUAAUCAUACAUUGAAAGAGAAAGGAAACUGAAAUAGAACAGUUAAAAAUUAUUUUUUGCCCAUCUGCUUCGUCUUCGGAGUGGAAUCCUACGUUUGAUGCGUCAUGGGUAACCCCCCUGCCGUCAACAAUAACCUCGCAACCCAGCUGUUCGUGGGGACAACACACAGUGCAGCUGACCAAGGGAACUCUAUUUCCGCAACUCAGGUCGAAAAUGAAGUAUAUGAAAAACUCAGAUACUAUCCGUUCCGCACGGAUCGCGAGUUUGCAAAAGGUCUUGCGAUUAUCCUCGGUCACCCGGAUACCCCUGCAACUGAAACAGAGAUCGACCGCAUCGACGACCUUGUCUUACAAGCCAAAUGCUUCUAUUUUUCAAGAAAAGAGAAGCUCGCACACCCUGUGAACUUUGCAACCUAUAAGGCGUGGUUGCAUUCAGACGUUUUGUCUGAAAAUGUGAGCACUGGCAACACUCACCAGCAGGUUAAUACACCAGUGGCUGGCACAUAUAUAUCAACGGAUCAUACCAAUCAGACAUCCACACCUGUUCAGGAGCCUACAUACCCUUCCUCCUUCGCCCAUAUCGUUCAGCUCAUCACAACCGGCCAGCCAGUCCCUGGUAUUCAACAGAUACCAGACACCAUAUUAACGGGCCAUGACACACCAAGCACCAAGCCGAGGAGGCGGAAGCCUUGGGAAAAGGACGAAGUUAGUGAAACUUCUCAUACCUAGACUCGACGGGGGACAACAUGGAAGUCUGGGGCAUAAGAACCGCUAC